GGAAGAAGAUCAGUUUCACCGCCAUCUCUCUGUUUUUUUUUUUAUUCUGGUGAUGUUCAAUAUAAUCUGUUAGCGAAGUUUUUUCUAUAAGUAGAACAAUACAGUUUUUGAAACUGUGCAAUUAAUAUUCUCAUCAUCACAGUCGUGACUAAGUUUUGAAUCAAGCAGGAAUAUCUGGAGGAGGAUAAUCUGAACUGAGAUCGGCUGUUGUGAAGAUGAUGUUUGUUAAAGAGGAGAGUGAAGAAAACACGAGAACCAGAAACCUGGAUAAUAAAACACGUGGAGCCAGAAACCUGGAGAAUAAAACACGAGGAAUCAGAAACCCGGAGAAUAAAACACGAGGAAUCAGAAACCCGGAGAAUAAAACACGAGGAACCAGAAACCUGGAGAAUAAAACACGAGGAACCAGAAACCUGGAGAAUAAAACACGAGGAACAAGGAGGCCUAAUGAAAAUGAAGGAAGAAAGACCAGAUCUGAAUGACGUGGAGGAGGAAUAUCAGGAUCAGAAAGAUCAAGAUGUCAAUGGAGAAAAAUCUGUAAUUUGCAACAUUAAAAAAACAGACGUCAAAAGGCCUUUCAGCUGCUCUCAGUGUGGGAAGAGCUUUACACGGAAAGGACACCUUAAAAAUCAUUUGUUAACUCACACUUCAGAAAAGCCUUACAGCUGCUCUCAGUGUGGAAAGAGUUACGCACAGAAAGGAAACCUUAAUAAUCAUUUGGUAACCCACGCUUCAGAAAAGCCUUUCAGCUGCUCUCAAUGUGGAAACACUUUCAAUCGUAAAGCAAGCCUUGAGAAGCACAUGUUGAUUCAUGCUGGGAUAAAGCCUUACAUCUGCUCUGAGUGUGGAAAGAGUUGUACAUAUAAAGAAAACCUCAAGACUCACAUGUUAAUUCAUACUGGGAUAAAGUCUUUCAGUUGCUCUCAGUGUAAGAAGACUUUUACACAUAAAUCAGGCCGUGAGAAGCACAUGUUAAUUCAUACUCAGAUAAAGUCUUUCUGCUGCUCUCAGUGUGGAAACGCUUUCAGUCGUAAAGCAUGCCUUGAGAAGCACAUGUUUAUUCAUACUGGGAUAAAGCCUUACAGCUGCUCUGAGUGUGGAAAGAGUUUCACACAGAAAGGACAACUUAAUAAUCAUUUGGUAACUCACACUUCAGAAAAGCCUUUCAGCUGCUCUCAGUGUGGAAACACUUUCAGUCGUAAAGUAUGCCUUGAGAAGCACAUGUUGAUUCAUGCUGGGAUAAAGCCUUACAGCUGCUCUGAGUGUGGAAAGAGUUACACACAGAAAGGAGCACUUAAAAAUCAUCUGGUAUCUCACACUUCAGUAAAGCCUUUCAGUUGCUCUCAGUGUGGAAAGAGUUUUACGCAGAAAGGACACCUAAAGGAUCAUUUGGUUACUCACACUUCAGUAAAGCCUUUCAGUUGCUCUCAGUGUGGAAAGAGUUUUACAUAUAAAUCAACCCUUAAGAGACACAUGUUUAUUCAUACUGGGUAAAAACCUUUUACCUGCUCUCAGUGUGAAAUGUGUUUAGAACAAAAAUGAGACCUUAAUCAUUUGGUAACUAACACUUCAGAAAAGCCUUUCACCUGCUCUCAGUGUGGAAAGAGUUUCACACAGAAAGGAGACCUUAUGGCUCGUUCCCACUCAUCGGUACAGUACAGUUCAGUAAAGUAUGAUUUGAUACGGGGAACCCUGAUCAGACUUGCGUUUCCACUACCAAAAGUACCCUUAUUUGGUUAGGUGUAGUGUAUGCUGGAAAGUAGCGAUUGAUGAUGAACUGUGACAAUAAGCACAACUCUGCCUUGUUUUUUUAAAAAUCAGUGUUAAUGAACACUAAUAGCCAUCAUAAAAGGAUAAGUAUAAAGUUUAAGAGACUUCUAUAAGAAUAAAUAACAGUUCAGUGCUGCCUCAAACACAUCGGCCAAGCAAAAAUGGCAAAUAUUGGUCAGUAUAUCGGCCUUGAUUAUAUAUUGGUUGACCACAAAUAUAAAGUUAAACAUAACUCUGCUCAGCCAAAAAGAUAUGAAAAGGAACAAAUAAUAGAUUCAUGAGACCACAAAUGCCUGUUAAAUAUAGCCAACACAAAACAAACUCUCACAGUUUCUCGUGUUUUAUCACUUCAGAGACAUCAGAGCCAGCGGCAAAUGACGGAAAGACUAGCCAAGCUAAGGCAGCUCUCGGUGAUUGCCUAGAGCUCAGAAAUCAGCAUAGCAAAUUUUCAAUGACUAAAGUACAUUCAUGCCUGAAAAACUCUUAAAACCUACAUUUCAUGACACAAUAACAGUAAUAUUUAGAAAAUUAUGCAGGUCUUAAAUAGUUAGUUCACCCAAAAAAUGAUUUAAUAACACACCCUCAUGUCGUUCCAAACCCGUAAGACCUCCGUUCAUCUUCAGAACACAGUUUAAGAUAUUUUAGUCCGAGAGCUCUCAGUCCCUCCAUUGAAACUGUGUGUACGGUAUACUGUCCAUGUCCAGAAAGAUAAGAAAAUCAUCUUCAAAGUAGUCCAUGUGACAUCAGAGGGUCAGUUAGAAUUUUUUGAAGCAUCGAAAAUACAUUUUGGUACAAAAAUAGCAAAAUAUAAUAACAUAAUUUUCAUUUUUGGUCAACUAACCCUUUGAGGUAAUGACGUUUCACGGCUAUUGUCUGUUAUUUUGUAAAAAUAUAAAAUUAUCAAAUACACAGUUAUUUUUGUGUGUGUUUACGCACUCUGAUGUAAAUAAGCCCAAUAAUAAUGGAGAAAAGAGCAGGAACCAGUGAAGGAAAAGCUUUAUCCCCUUAUAUCACACAAAAGUGGCGAUUCUAGUCAACCAAUCAAUAUUCUGCGGUUAGUUUAGCUCCACCCUUUUGCUACCCUUUGCUGUGCUAGGUACACUAGUGGAAGGAUAACUGAAAAAAAAGUGGUAUUGUAUGGUUUCGCUAUUUUGGUACCAUUCACAAAUUCUGAGAGUGGAAACGGAAAUGUACAGUAUGCGUACAAUACUGUACUGUACCGAACAGUACUGCUAAAUGGAAAUGAGCCAUUACUCACUUGGUAACUCAUAUUUCAUUUUGGCCUUUCACCUGCUCUCAUUAUGGAAAGUGUUUGGCACGUAAAGGAUACUUUUGAAAUCAUCAGAUUUCCAUUUUCCGCAGGUUCAUAUGAAUCUUUAGGGUCUUAAUAAAACGUCUAUAACAUACUUUGUCAAUCAACAAUUGUGGGAGGAGCCUGGAUUUGUGUCGCUUUACACUUGGCAUUAAGAUCAUUAAAAUAGGGCACAAUGUCUAUCAAAUUAAGAUUUUUUUUUUUGUCUCAGCAGGUUUGGUUUCUUUCUUCUACAUUAGUUUAUUUUCUUUUCCAAUUUUCUGAGAGAUUUGUGUUAUACGUUUUGCCAUAAAGCCAUGUUACACGUUGUCUGUACCAGCUUUAAAACUUCAUCCAGCAAACACGACUCAAGACCAUCCUUCAGCAAACGCCCAAGACAUCACUUCCAAUGACUACUGAACUCCAGCCAAUCAACAACAUACAGAAACCCCUUUCUACAGCCAUGCCAUACAGAAGGAAUCCCCUUAAAACAAAGGCAACACAAGUACAAUCUCCAGAUUCAAGCUGAACUGGUGCAUUUAAUAUAAACUUUAAUAGCCUCACUGAGAAACUCAAUGCAAGGGUUUAUUGAUUAAACACUCUUCAGGUCUGAGGAAUUGACUAUAUUUCUAUAAACAUUGGAUUUCACAUUUUCACUCUCACAAACUCAUUCUUUCCUUACUUUAUUUCUGCAGCUUAUGAAUGUUUUUGUGUGUGUUCAUGUAUUAGAUUAGUUUACAUGUAUUUUGAUUUAUUCAGUGAAGACUAUGUACAUUGUAAAGAUAAUUAUCUUUUGUUUUGUGCUUAAAAGUUAGUGUCUUAAACUGCUGAUCUUGUUACCAUGCUAAUGAACUGUUU